UGCUGUCACGAGGGAUAUUUACCGGAAGAAAGAUCAGGUAAAGUCUCGAAGGUUGUAUCUUGGGGAAAUCGGGCGAUUGCAUAGAAUAAUAGGGUUUAAAGAAGUUAAUCUGAAAGCGGAAUGCGCUGUUUUCCCUGAUGACACGCUGCAAAGGAUGAUUGCGAGCCUAAGAAGUGUUCGACACUUUUCUACAACAGCGAUUAUGAAGCAAGUUGUUUCAGAGCUACAUGUGUCGGUGCCAUGGGGAGAAAUAAGGGGCCAAGCUUGGGGUCCUGAUCAUGGCCGUCCAGUACUGUGCCUGCAUGGCUGGGCAGACAAUGCUGGGUCAUUCAACACCCUAAUUCCAUUUCUACCAAGAGACUGGAAGUGUGUGGCCGUGGAUUUGGUCGGCCAUGGACUGUCCAGCCACAGGCCGGCAGGAGUCUUCUACACCUUCCCCGCGUACGUGUACGACGUGCGGCAGGUCGUCGAAGCUCUGCAGUGGAAACGCUUCUCCAUAAUUGGACACAGCAUGGGAGGCAACAUUGCUGGUUUGUUCAGCGCGUUAUAUCCCGAGAUGGUGGAAUCUGUCGUGUUCCUGGACUCGUUCGGCUUCCUCCCUACUGAGAUGAAAGAGAUGGCAGGACUCGCAAGAAAAGGGAUCGAGGAGAUGAUUGAGUUUGAAAAAAAGAAAGAUGAGAAGAGAGAACGGCUUUACACUUAUGAGAAAGCAGUAGAAAGGUUGAUGACAGCCAAUCCGUCUUUGUCUGAGAAAUCUGUUCACGUCCUUUUGGAGAGAGGCAGCGCGCAAGUUGACGGAGGUGUGGUUUUCAACAGAGAUUUUAGAAUCAACUUGACGAACAUUGUGCGCCUCAGCUUAGAGCAGAGCCUGGAGCUGCAAUCCAGAAUACAGGCUAAAGUUCUUGUUGUCCUGGCAGAGGAUGGACUUAUGAAAAUACCGUCUAAUCCAGAGCAGAAGAGGUACUUCUCUACCCUGCUGGAUGGCUUUAAAGGCCUCGGGGGCCGCGUGUUGACAGUGCCAGGGAACCAUCAUGUUCAUCUGAAUGACCCCGAAACCGUGGCCUCCAUCAUCACCGAUUUCCUGGAGGGCGGAGCCUCAGACUUGGCUGCUAAACUGACUUCUCCGCAAAUCUAGAGCAGCUCUACUCCAUUCCAGCAGCUACUCCCCGGAAACAUGCCUUGGCUGUUCCUUGACUGGUUUGUUCCCCUCUACCUGCUUGUGUCAGUCCUAGUUCUGGCGGGGUUUGGAGCUUGCCU